UUUUUUUUUUAAGGCGCAUAACAAUUUGACACCUGCAUGUCGCACGUCUACGGUCUCUUCAAUCGUUCCAAUAUCAUUAGUAGAUCAGUCAAUUCUGAAGGAAAGUACAACAUUUAGUAUACACUCUAUGAUAUAUGACUAUUGGUCUAAGCGCUACCCAUUACUUUAUUCAUUAUCGUUGAAGUCUCGAUAAUUGCACUAUUCAAGAUCCAUUAGACGACAUUGUAAGAGCUGCAAUAAAUGCACUUAACUCGAUAAGUCGUAUCGCACUUAAAUAUAGAGUAGCGAGCGGGACAAGUGCCUUGUGAAUGUAACCUAACAAUCUAAUAAUUAAAACGUAGAAGGAACAUUAGGAGCCAAUCCUGAUUUCUCAAAUCUAUCUUUUGAAUGCUCGGAGUUUACUCAGAUGUUCUGUUGUUUUUAUGAAAAAAAAGAUAAAACUUUGCAAAAUAUGGUUCUACAGAUACGAGAGCAUUACGUGGUAUACUAACUGGCAAAUAUUUAACUUUUAAAGCAUUCGUAUUCUUUACAAGCAGACAUCAGCUCCUAAAGUCUUUUCUUCACGAUUGCGGAACCUCUAAAUCCGUUAUCACUGGCAUUGUCAUCAACGUCAUCGUCUACGUUUCGUAAUUUUAAACCGCUGCUCGACGCACACGUGCUGCCCUCCGUUACCAUGGUAACGCGUAUGGAUAUACGUACACAACAACGUGCCCUGCAGUCUUGCGACGCCUCGACUGGCCUCGACGCCUGGACGCCUGGACGCUUCGACUGACGCCUUUCCACCGGCGGAAGAUGCACGUCCAUAAGGUGCUACCCGAUCCUUUCGUACUUAUUGGAUACUACUGGCUUCCGAUUGCAGUCUAAUUCGCCUGGACGCCAUGUCUUACUUCUAUGGUUCGGCUGCUACGAAUUUUCACAGUCGUCUGGAGGCCGAGAGACGCAGCAGAAAUAGACGAAAGCACAGUAGAGACAGAAAUGAGAGAAAGGUCAGUAGCAAGGAUCUGGAACCAGUUCACGGUACCAGACAUCGACGUAAGCACAUAUCCAAAAGCCGCUACACCAUGACGAACGAGAAUCCACCGGGAGUCCAGGUCGGCUGUGGCCAGGAAAUUAAGAGCCACUGUCACACUGAGAAGGUGGACGUUCGGGAGAAGGAGGUAUCGACUGGGAAGCUGGAGAGAUCACUGGGUGAUUCAGCAGGUAGCAGCGAUGAGAAAAAGGAGAAGGAUAUUAUUUUGUCAAAGGUGCGGAGCAAGUACCGUAAGCUGGAAAGGAACUGUCAGGAGGUCAAGGCAGAACGUGAUAGAUUGGCCGUCCUGUUAGAGGAACGCGAGGGUCAGUUCAGACAGUUGCACUUGCACCAUGAGGAUUUAACGGAAAUGGCAGAGAGAGUAGAAUUCGAGCGAAGAAACGUGCUGGAGUUAAAUGCUAAAUUGAGAGCAGAGAACGCUCAGCUGAACGAGGACGUGAUGCUCUUGAAGAGUUUGGUUUAUCACCUGAACGUCGAGCUAGAAAGAUACCAGGACAAGCUGCGAAUGAGUAACCAGGCUGUUCAGCCUGAAAGUGUGAUCGACACUAUGGAAGGCAUAGACAGUGGUACGGAGGAUAAAAAAGUGUCUGGGUCCUGGGAGAGAGUCGAUCUUCACGCCCUGGGUCCGCUUUUGGAGGCUUAUCGUGAGAACCUGGGGGAGAAAGAGAGACUCCUCAGAGUCUAUACCGAGGAGAUGGAUAGAUUUAGCGGAAGGUCCAAGGAAGUUGUUGCUGAGAACGAAUGUCUUCAUGCUGAGAUAGAAGAUUUACGUUUGAAGUGCAAUAAUCUCGAGGAGGACGGAAGACUCAUUGAGAAGGAGUCCAGCGCCAUCAAGGAGGAGAAGGAGCUGCUGGUGAAGCAGGCGUCUCUUCAGAGGCAGAAGCUUCAGGAGUUGCACGCAGUCUAUGAGCGUAAAGUGGAAUCCAUGUCUGAGGAUAAUAACAAGCUUCACAAGGAGUAUCUCGGCUGUAAAACGGAAUUGAGUAAUCUGCAGGGGAAGUAUGAAGUUCUUAGCGAUGCUUAUGAGAAGAGUAAGAAGAAUUCUGAGAGAAGCGUACCAGCUUCGGUUCAUACAGCUGCGGUUGACGAGUGCAGACAUCUUCUGGAGGAGCUCAAGUAUCGGUAUGAGAAUGAGAGGAAGAGUUUGCAGGCGAAGGUGAAGCACCUGGAGGAAAGUCAGCCUGAAAAUGAGAAGCAACUACUUCUCGUUACUCAAGAGAGAGAUCAGUUGAGAAAUAGCGUGAAAACCCUUGAAAGGAAUUUGAAGAGGAGUCAACGUAGACUGGAACGCUUUCAAAAUGCUAUAUAUUCGGUUCACGUCUCCCGUGAUUCCUUGAAGCGACAAUUGAACACAACAACAACGUACUGUCGUGAAUUAGAAAAGGAACAAGAGAAACUUUUAGCUGAACGGCAGCAGCUGGUUGCUCUUCUGGAGGAACGAGAGAGGGAGAACGAGGAGAUUCAACACCUGGGUGACAACAUCACCCAGAGAAUGGGCAACCUCAAGACUGAGCUGAAGAUCGUACAACGUGGUGCCAAGGAACAACUGGCUACCGUUGAGAAACACAUAAAGAACCAAGAGUUGGGUGCCGACCGAGUAAGAGCAGACUACCAGAGCGAGCUUCAACGACUGAAACAACUCCUAAGACAAAAGGAAGACUUAAUUGGGAAUCUUCAAAGAGAAAAGUGCACGACCCGCGAGAACCUGGAACUCGUAUGGCGAGCAGCUACCAGCGACGACAGGAAGGUCAAGGAUGCUUUGAGAAAUACAAAGAUUUACAAUAUUUGACAAGGUUGUCAGAAGCUGACUUGAUGCUGAUCAUCAUUGCUUCAUCCGAUCAAAGUCACUUCUCGUUUCUUCAUUGAUCCUCAAUGACGAUGAGAAUUUAACUAAUAAGUACGUUACUAGUAGCAAGUCGAAUAUCUUCCUGUUUCCGUUCUAGUCCAGUCUAGUCUAUUAUGUAUUAUAUAUUUUAAUCACUCGUUAUACACACUGCUGACGCAUUCAAUCAGUUUUAAUUGUUUCCGACGAAUAAACCGACAAUCAAGUCCUCUAGUUUUUA